UGUGAGUGUGAGUGACAAGGAGAGAAGUUUUUGUCAGACAGCAGCAGCAUCUUCAUCGCCGGCCUGCGUGGAGCGGAGCAGCCUGCAGAGGAGGGAGAUCUGGCCUGCAGAACGAUCGAGAAAAAAAGAAACAGAGGAGGGAUUUUUGCACACAAACAGCCGGAUGCUGUCAGAGGGCAGACAGACGCCGGCGGUGGGGUCCCCCGCCGUCAUGCACGGUCCCGGCGGCGGAGAGGAACGGACGGAGUCGUGCCCGCGCAGCGCCCUGCUCGACCAAAGCCGGCGGCACCGGACGGCGUUCACGCGUGAACAGCUGUCCCGGCUGGAGCAGGAGUACGGCAAGGAGAGCUACGUGUCCAGACCCAGGCGCUGCGAGCUGGCCGCGGCGCUCAACUUACCGGAGACAACGAUAAAGGUGUGGUUCCAGAACAGGCGAAUGAAAGACAAACGGCAGAGACACUCCUUGCCGUGGCCUCACCCUCUCGUCGACCCACUUGGGGCGCUCCUUAUGGGCCGUGCCUCCCCUUCCUCCACCUUACCGUACCCCUUCAUCCCGCCCCACCUCCCACAUCUCCCCCUCCACCAUCACUAUCCCCUGGCUCUCUCCUCACCAGCAUCCUCAGCACACAGUCGCUACAACUCCCCCAUGAGGACCCUGGAUGCCCUCCGCCUCUCUCAGUACCACAACAGACCAGGGGGGCUACCUCCAACCUCUCUGUAUGCCUCCACCAGCGUCAUGCACCAUCCAGCUUCAUGCCCCUGCCCCCUCUGCCUGCACUGGGGACCAGAACAUCUGCUCAAAGCUAGAGGGGAGGCACUGGGACUGAGCCAACCCCGUAGUCCCAAAGCCAACAUCCAGCCCGCAGGUCUGGAGCGGAGGGAGGAGAUGGUGUGACAACAGAUGGACAUGAACCAAGGCUGUCAAACUGCUGUCAGAUAAAAAACUGCAAACAAAUAGCUGCGAUCACUGUGACUUCAAUAAAUGCUGUCUACAUGGUGGAGCUUGCCAAGUCGCAACGGCAAUACACUAAACACAACUCAAAGGUCCUAUCUAAAACAAUGGCAAUCACAUGACAAUGCUGAUUAAUUGGAGGCAAAUGUUUAUUAUUAUGACAAACAUUUGCAGUGUAUUGAAAGACUUGGAAAUUAUUUCAACAAAUUCAGUAGGUUUCCAAACCUUAGUAUGCCCAUCAUUCUGUGCAAUUCUGCCAAAUUCAGUUUCAUUUGGAGCAUUCUGCCAGCCUAAAGAUGUUUUUCAGCCCAACGAUAAGUUACGCUUGAAAGCCACAGUAUAAUGGAAAAAUCUUUAUCAUUAGGGUUGUAAAAAGUUACUGGGUCAAAGGUUUUUCCAAGAUGAUAAAAUUAUAAAUUUAUAAAAAAUUUGUUAUGUCUGGAAAAAAUAUUUUAAACACAGAUUAUGGAGAACAGAAAACAUUUUUUCCAUUGCUAUUCUGCACAACCUAUUAAGAUAGCUGCACAGAAUUGUUUGAUCUUCUGUUUUUUUGUUUUUUUUUGUUGUUAGUUUUUUUUGCCAUAUCCUCCUACCAAGUUAGUUUUGUUUCCAUACAUUUGGUAGUCUUCGGUACAUGCAAAUAUUUCUGCAGCUUUUCAUUCAGGAAAGUUGGCGAAAAAAAUAAAUAAAUAGGCAAAUACCUACAUUUCGGCUAAUUUCACAAUCAGUGUGCACAUUUUAGUGUGGCAGAUUCAGAUUAGGUGAAGAGAAAAUGAAGAAGAAAGAAACUUCAAAUGGAGAUUUUGAAGUAGGCACAAUUGCACCAAGCAAAGAUUUAAUGUACAUAUUAUGGUUAUGGAGUUAGUUUUCAUACUUUUCUCUGCUGUAACGCUAAUGACUACUGCUUUUAUUUAUUUGUACAACUUUAUUGUUUUAAGUUGCAUUCACUGACAUCUUUAAUGGUAAGGAGAGACUAGAGCCAGAGUGGUUGUGUUCAUUAGUUGUGCUUCUAGCAGAGUUUCAGUCAUUGUCUGAUCAUGUUAGAAUUCAUUUAUAUUGCACAAACUGUUUGAAAGAACAUGUGGAAUAAAUGCGCAUUCAGUCCUGAGGAUAUGUUAACUAAGUGCGUAGCCUUUACCGCCAGCCUCUACAUCUACUUAGAGGAAUGGUUCAUUAUUUUGGGAGAUUCACUUUCAAAGAAUGAGAUGAGGAAGUCAAUAUUAAUUUCAUGUUUGUGUGUUAGAGGCGAAGUCCGGACAUGAUUAGACUAGCUUAGCAUAAAGACUGAAAACCUUUCUAAGCUCUGUUUUUUUUUUUUUUUUUAU